AGCCUGCUUCUCUCUCCCUUGCUCCAAAUCUUUUUUGAAAGAUUGGCAUCCGGCGAUUUCGUUGAUUUCUUCCGGGGACGAAAGCACGACGAGGGACUCUUACACAAGUUGAAGAUAGCUUUGCUGUCCGCGAAUGCACUGCUUGAAGACGCGGAGGAAAAACAACUUACAAAGCCUGCUGUGAAAGCGUGGGUCGAUGAGUUGAAAGAUGCUGUCUAUGAUUCAGAGGACGUCUUGGACGAGAUAGCCACUGAAGCCUUGCAACGUAAGUUGGACGUUGAAUUUCAUACCACUGCACGUAAGGUACGAAAUUCCAUAUCUACUUUUCUUGGUCAUUUUGUCAAGGAGAUAGAGCCAAAGAUAAAAGAGCUACUUGAGAAACUAGAAUAUCUAGAAAGACAAAAGGAUGUUCUAGGUCUAAAACAAGGUGUUGGAGGAGAAUCAUCAAAAAGAUUGCCCACGACUUCUCUAGUCGACGAAUCUGAUAUUUUUGGUAGGGAUGAUGAUAAGGAAAAAAUAGUAAGCUUGUUGCUCUCAAAUGAUGCCACUAGUAAUGAAAAUCUAUGUGUAAUUCCAAUAGUCGGCAUGGGGGGAAUUGGCAAGACCACCCUUGCUCAGCUUGUAUACAAGGACGAGAGGGUGAAGAAGCAUUUUGAUCUUCAAGCAUGGGUUUGUGUUUCGGAUGAAUUUGACGUGUUCAGGGUAACUAAGACAAUUCUAGAGGAAGUAGGUUCAUCUACUAAUGCUGAUAGUAAGAAUCUAAAUCGGCUUCAAAUUACACUACAGGAGAAAUUGAUGGGGAAGAAAUUACUACUUGUUUUAGAUGAUGUAUGGGAUGAGAAUUAUGUUGAUUGGGAGGUCUUAAGUAGCCCAUUUAAAUAUGGGGAACGAGGAAGUACAAUCAUUGUAACAACACGCAAUGACGGUGUUGCAUCGGUGAUGCGCACUGUUCCAACUCAUCAUCUCAACAAGUUACUAGAAGAAGAUUGUUGGUCACUAUUUGCAAAACAUUCAUGCCUCGAUGGUAACUCUAAUGCACGUUCAGAGCUAGACGUAAUAGGUAGACAAAUUGUGAAAAAGUGUGAAGGUCUACCUUUAGCUCUCAAGACAAUUGGGGGUCUCUUGCGAUCUAAACUAGAUGUUGAUGAGUGGGAGAAGAUAUUGAAGAGCGAAUUAUGGGAUUCACCAAUAGACAAGACAAACAUUCUUCCUAGUUUAAGAUUAAGCUAUAAAUAUCUUCCCUCACAUUUAAAGCGAUGCUUUGGUUAUUGUUCAAUAUUCCCAAAGGGUUAUGCAUUUAAGAAAGAUCUCUUAGUCUUAUUAUGGAUGGCAGAAGGUUUCCUUCAACUUCCCAUAAACAGAACAAUGGAAGAAGUUGGUGAAGAUUACUUUCAUGAUCUUGUAUCAAGAUCAUUAUUCCAACAAUCAUGCGACAAUAAAUCAGCUUUUGUAAUGCAUGAUCUUGUGAACGAAUUGGCAAACUUUGUAUCUGGGCAAUUUAGCUUUAGGCUGGAGGGUGACAGUUUUGACAGAAUUGUGAACAAAACUCGUCACUUGUCGUAUUUCAGAACAAGAUUUGAUAACUUUAAGAAGUUUGAGACUCUUAACAAGGUUAAGCAGUUGCGCACCUUCCUGCCAUUUGAAUUUUCCAUAAUGGACAACAAUUUAACUAAAAAAGUACCACAUGAUUUAUUGCCAAAGCUAAGAUAUUUACGAGUACUCUCUCUGUCUCACUAUGAGAAUGUGACUUACUUGCCUGAUUCAAUUGGUAAAAUUAAACAGUUACGUUAUUUGGACCUUUCUUUCACUGCAGUUAAAAGGUUGCCUGAUUCCAUAUGUGAGUUGAUCAAUUUGCAAACACUCAACUUAUCAUGUUGUAACAAUCUUGUUCGAUUGCCGAGGGAUAUGCGAAAACUCAUUAAUCUACGACAUCUUGAUAUUACUAGAACUGACAUAAUGGAGAUGCCAAUACAAUUGGGCAGACUAAAAUGUCUCCAGACAUUGACCACAUUUAUCAUCAGCAAAACUAGUGGGUCCUGUAUUGGAGAGUUGGGAAAACUUACAAAUCUUCGAGGAAAACUUGCUAUUUUGAACCUUCAAAAUGUUGUCUCUUCUUCAGAUGCUUUGGAUGCAGGCUUGAAGGACAAGAAGCACAUUAAGGAGUUAGUGUUGGAAUGGAAAGCUAGUACUAAAAUUUUAGAAAGUCAAAGAACUAUACUUGACAGUGUCCAGCCUCAUUCAAAUUUGAAAAGUCUUACAAUCAAAUAUUAUAGUGGUAGAAGUUUUCCAGAUUGGGUAGGGCAUGAUUCAUUCUCUAAUAUUGUAUCUCUUCAUCUAUACGACUGUAAAUAUUGCUGCAGCUUGCCACCACUUGGGCAGCUACCCUCUUUGCAAGACCUUUCUGUUAUUAAGUUUGAUGAAGUUGUUACAGUGGGUCUUGAGUUUUAUGGCAAUGGUUUUUUUUCAAUUAAGCCAUUUGGAGCCUUAAAAGUUCUCAGAUUUGAGCAAAUGUUGAAGUGGAAGGAAUGGUUUUCUUUUGAUGCUGAAAGUGAAGGCGAAGCUUUUCCUCAUCUUCAAGAGCUUUAUAUAUAUGACUGCCCCAAGCUAACAAAAAGUUUGCCAAUCCAACUUCCUUUAGCCAAACUUGAGAUCAGGGAAUGUCCGCUGCUGAUGGUUUCACUCUCAGGGGCUCCUGCUAUAUGUCAGUUGAAUCUAACAUUUUGUAAUGAGUACCUGUUAAAGGAAUUGCCGACUGGAAUACGGGUUCUCAAAGUUGGAGGAUUUGAGGCGCUAGAUUCCCUAGCCAUGCAAAUGGAGUCCAGCUGUUCUCUUCAGGAGUUAGAAAUCUCUAACUGUUCCUCACUUGUUUCGCUUUCCAUGGUUGAUCUACCAUCUACAUUAAAAUCCCUUUCCAUCAGAAACUGUCAGAAGUUAGAGCUUCCAAUGCACCAGAUCUUUUCAUCCCUUAAAAAAUUGCACUUGGAAAAUUCUUAUGAUUCUCUGAGGUCCUUCCCAUUGGACUUAUUCCCAAACCUUUCUGAUAUCCAUAUCUCGAGGUGUGGGAAUUUGGAAUCUCUUACAAUUUCAAAACAACAUGAACUUGAUUUAAAGAUCUUGCACAUGCGAAUCAUAGAUUGCCCUUAUUUUGUAUCUUUUCCAGAAAGAGGAUUACGUGCCUCCAAACUUACAUUGCUUUGGGUCUGGAAUUGUGGACAAUUGAGGUCACUACCUGAUAAGAUGCACGUACUCCUUCCAUCUCUUGAGGAAUUGCAUAUAGUCCAUUGUACAGAAGUUGAGUCGUUUCCUGAGGGGGGCUUGCCUUCUAAUCUAAAAUCAAUUUCCAUCAUCGAUUGUGACAACCUCGUUGCCGGACGAAUGGGAUGGGGUUUACAAAAGCUCCCCUUCCUUAAAAAAUUGUUUAUUUGUGGCGAAAAGGGAGAGGUAGAGUCCUUUCCGGAGGUGGGAUUGCUGCCCACCAAUCUAACUGUUCUUCAAAUAAUGAAUUUUCCAAAUAUGAAAUCUUUGGAUAAGAAAGGGCUUCAACACCUUGCCUCUCUUAAAGAAUUGCGGAUAUACAACUGCCAUAUUCUCAAGUACAUGCCAGAAGAGGGUUUGCCUGCCUCUGUUUCUGUUUUACUGAUCAGCAAUUGUCCUUUGGUAAAGAAACAAUGUCACAGGAAAAAAGGCAAAGAAUGGCGCAAGAUUUCUCAUGUCCACCUAAUAAUGAUUGAUGAUGAAUUGAUUGAAUGAGCUAAAAGUCUUGCAAGAAUCUCCCCCUAGAAUUUAGAAAAUCUAAGAGCUCGAUUAUGACUACACAAAGCAGAUGUGGGCGUAUAGAAUCCGCUGCCUUACAUCAUAUAAUGCACAUGUACUGAAAGACUAGUGAUGACCUGCUGAACUUGAUGUGUAGUGCCAAAUCAAGAUUCCGGGAAAUUUUUGGAGUUGUUAUUUUCUUCGGCAGUGUGGAUCUGAAUUACCAUUCAGUUUCUUUUCUUCUGAUAGCUGCUGUGCGGGACAAGGGUGCCUACUAUCCAGUCCAUUCUGAAGUUUGUGUGGUUCUGAUGCUUUCAAUUAUCAAAUUUUUGAGAUGGGAAACUAUAGCUGGUGUAUUAACGGGUGACAUUAUCUGUUGACUAAACAAUUCAGGAGGCAGGAGGGGGCUUUGAUAUUGGGCAGCGACGGAGGGAAGGCCUUAGCUUCAGAUGUCUUAUUACAACUGGUGAUACCUAAAGGCCUACUCAUUACAAAGGCUAAAAAGUCUUUGAGUGUCCACAAUCACAAGCCCAUCUGAUGGCAGUUAAACAAAGAAUCUUAAGAUUAAGAAGGUGGAUUAUCCUUGAGUAAGAGAAGACUUCAUUUUCUCCCUAUGAAUGCUCUAUUAACUUAAUCAUUGGAGGCACUCUGUCGGCCCGAAUUGGCACCAUUAUGGUGGUCGUUUUCUUGUCUUGUAUGUGACCUAUCAACUGGUCCGACCGUGUGAAAAUUUGAUUUUGCAAUAGUUAAUGUUAAAAUAUAUGGAAAAUAUAUUAUAUUUUCUUUAUAUUCCAUAUUUGGUUGAUAAUGUAAUAUUAUCUAUUUACGAGUUAAUUGUAAUCAAAUCAUACC